AUGAGCAUUACAGAUCUUCUCAGCCCUUCCGAUAUUGCUGCAGCACUGAGAGACUGCCAAGCUCCGGAUAGCUUCAACUACAAGAAAUUCUUUCAGACUACUGGCAUGUCCAAAAAGAGCAGCAGCCAAGUCAAAGAAAUCUUCCGGAUCUUAGACAAUGAUCAGAGUGGCUUCAUUGAAGAAGAUGAACUCAAGUAUUUCCUCCAGAGGUUUGAGUGUGGAGCCCGGGUGUUAACAGCUACAGAAACCAAAACAUUUUUGGCAGCAGCAGAUCAUGAUGGAGAUGGAAAAAUCGGAGCAGAAGAAUUCCAGGAAAUGGUGCACUCUUAA